AUGUCUGAACAGCCAAAGGAAGAAAAGUCUGACAGCACACAUAUCAACUUGAAGGUCAGCGAUGGUACCGCCGAGAUCUUUUUCAAGAUCAAGAAGACCACCCCCAUGAAAAGAUUGAUGGAAGCUUUUUGUAAGAGACAGGGUAAAUCCAUGGAGUCCUUGAGAUUCUUGAUUGAUGGCACUCGUGUUUCUCCAGACAAUACUCCAGAGGACCUUGAUUUGGAGGAUGGGGACGUCAUUGAGGCUCACCGUGAGCAGGUCGGUGGCUUCAGGUAA